GGGUCAUUUCGAUCAGCAAACGUUCAAGUACACCAUACGCUGGCAUUCGUCAUAAGAACCUCAUGUUAUGGCAUCAACAGGAUUUUCGCUUGACCUUGCGAUCAAAGCGAUCAGGGACAUCGGCUUCUAUUAUGAAGUAGACCCGGAAUUGGAGACGCCUUUGACAGAAAUGGGGCCGCAGAGCUGUUUGUCUGCAGAAGGGUUGGACUUCUUCAGGCGUCAUGUUCUUCAAGACAAGCGCGCAAGAUCAAUCCUAGAGUCAUUCUUCCCUUGGUGUAGUCUUGCCAGGUACCGGAAAUUCCACAGCGAUGCAGGGCACAUUUUCCAGUUCAGAGGCGGAGGAGAGAAGGCGGGCCGACAGGUUCUGGUCAUACAACUGUGGGGUAAUGGAUCGCAAGUGACCUUUUUUGGACGUUCUCACACAUAUGAGCUUCCGGGUGUUCACGCCUCCAACGGGUUGUGGGAAAUACCCUUUGCGGCCCUGGAGACGACUGGCUGUGGUGAGGGCUCGGAGAUUAAGUUUGAGAACGGCGGCUUAACUAUACAGGACGCCCGUGUAGCGUUUGAAAUAAAAAAAGGCACCCCGAUCGCGACUGUGUUUGCGACACGUGAUGUCAUCACACGAUGGGCGAAAGUGGUUCUCCCAGGCAGCCCGCAGAUCGCAGAAAAGAUCGCCGAGCUACAAAGAGAAAGCCCACGGAUUGGAUAUCACUUUGAGUAUGACCUUAAGAAACGGCUAUUCUACACUUGCCAUUCAAUGGUGUUCAUCGUUGGCUGA